GACCACAAAACUUACCAGCUAAACAAACAUACCCAAAUUACCUACAUGUACUCAUCAGAUAAGCCUCGUCCUCUCGAUUUCUACAAAGAAGAAGUGACACCCUCUUCAAGAGACAACAUGAUUAUCGAAGUUGUCUCUUCCAAUGGUGAUUUGCCAUCUCACCAUCUUCCCACCACCACCAAUACUAACCCACACCAGAUGAUUCUCGGCGACAGUAGCGGCGACGAUAACCACGAAGUCAAAGCACCCAAGAAGCGAGCAGAGACGUGGGUUCAAGACGAAACGCGGAGUUUGAUUGGGCUUCGCAGAGAAAUGGAUGGUCUCUUCAAUACUUCCAAGUCAAACAAGCAUCUGUGGGAGCAAAUUUCGGCUAAAAUGAGGGAGAAAGGGUUCGAUCGAUCGCCGACUAUGUGCACCGACAAGUGGAGGAACUUGUUGAAAGAGUUCAAGAAGGCUAAGCAUCAAGAUAGGGGAAGUGGGUCUGCUAAAAUGUCGUAUUAUAAGGAGAUUGAUGAGAUUUUGAGAGAAAGGAAUAAGAAUCCUCAGUAUAAGAGUCCCAUUCCUUCUAAAGUUGAAUCUUACAUGCAAUUUGCUGAUAAAGGCUUUGAAGAUACAAGCAUAUCAUUUGGACCCGUGGAAGCCAGUCCCAGGCCAACACUCAAUCUGGAAAGACGUCUGGAUCAUGAUGGGCAUCCUCUUGCCAUCACUGCAGCUGAUGCAGUUGCAGCAAGUGGAGUUCCUCCUUGGAAUUGGAGGGAGACCCCUGGGAAUGGUGCUGAGAAUCAAUCAUAUGGUGGGAGGGUGAUAUCAGUCAAGUAUGGGGACUACACAAGAAGGAUUGGCGUUGAUGGCACUGCAGAUGCCAUCAAGGAGGCAAUCAAGUCUGCUUUCAGAUUAAGAAGUAAGCGAGCAUUCUGGUUGGAGGAUGAAGACCAGAUAAUUCGUAGUCUUGACAGGGACAUGCCUCCAGGGAAUUACACUCUUCACCUCGAUGAAGGACUAGCAAUCAAAGUUUGCCUGUAUGACGAGUCAGAACACAUGCCAGUGCAUACUGAAGAGAAAAUUUUCUAUACCGAAGAUGACUACCGUGAAUUUCUAUCUCGCCGGGGCUGGACAUGUCUAAGGGAGUUCGAUGGUUAUAGAAGCAUUGAUAGCAUGGAUGAUCUUCGGCAUGAUGCUAUAUACCGUGGUGUGAGUUGAAGCAUAUGCUACAACUCGUAUCUGCUAUUUAUCCAUUUUAAUUGCUUACAUCACCUCUAUAAAGUCACUGUUAUCAUGCUACUUCAUUUUAUCACAAUGCCACAGCGGUGUAAUUGUAUCACACAAUUGUACAGCAUGCUGUAAUUUUGUUUAAUGGUAGGACUAGAUCAAGUUUUUCCUUAAUGAUAAUGCAGUGUUUGUAAA